UCGUACAAACCUCCUCCUCAAAGUUAGUUAACUCAUCGCCGGCGCCAGAAGUAACGCAAAAUAUGGAACCUUCCGACUGCUUCCUGGCUCCGCCGUCGCGGCGGCGGAAGAUCAAAGGCCUCCGGCAGACCCCGAUCGAUGUACGCCACGACUCCCACAAUAUCAUCAAGAAGCAACCCCCGGCGCCAGCCCCUCGACAGCCAGUGAUCAUCUACACCGUCUCGCCCGAGGUCAUCCACGUCGACCGCAGCGAGUUCAUGCCUCUGGUGCAACGCCUCACUGGCGCCCCCUCCUCUUCCUCCGAUACUAAUUCAGUACUCUCCUCGUCUUCGUCUUUCAGCGACCCCCACGGCGGUGGAUCGGAGGGGCUCCACCAACCGGGAAUCGACGCUGCCAUGAGGACGGCAGCCGGCGGCUGAAUCUUGUCGCAUAUUCCGGAGCUCUUCUCGGUGACGCAGCACCGUGUGAAUCUUUUCCAUGCAAGGACUUCGGAUCAUUCAUUUAAUUUCGAUUGAUUUAAUUAGAGUAGCUGAGUUGUAUUUAAUCUUAUGGAUUCGUUUUGCAUGUAUGUGUGUGUCGUUGUGUAUGUAUCGAUUAAUUUGCCAUGUUUUAUAUUCAAGUUUGCGUCCAAUUAGUUUCUUUGCAAAGGGGAAACACUGAUUGA